GUUGUUCCCGUAUUGCUUUACCGAUCUUAUUAGGUUGAUAUUUGAACCUCAAUAUGAGUCUUCCCAACUUUACUUUAUUGCUGAGGAAUCAAUUCGGCAUAUUUUUCGCUUUACAGAAGCCUAACCCUACAUUUAAUCCAGAUCCAGCGUUUUUUUUCCUCGUUCCAUUUUUCUAUCAGUACCUAGAUGCGUACAAUAUGUUUGUAUGUUCUGUUUAUGCUGGGAUGUGCUCCUAAAGGUUAGCACUGUGUACCUUUGUGUGAUGUUGUAUACGGAUCUUCUCUUCUUUUAGUAUGUACCGCACUUCCCCUUGUCUCAAGUACAUUUCGUCUGUAUUUUCCCUAGUAUCUGCUGAUGGUUCCAUAAAUGAGGCCGAUGAGGUCAUUUGUAAGAUCAGGGACCUUAUUUAUUCGUCUUCUCUGAAUAAAACCGUAACCUUGGUACAUCCCUCAACUGUUGGACUUCCAGGUCCCGUUAUUGACACUGUUUCGAAUACGAGCUUUCUGGUGAAAGGUGUUCGGCUUUCUACUCUCUGUGAUCUUCGUUUCUUAUCGACCUGGAUAAUACCCAAAAGAUUGAUUGUAUACAAUGUAACUGGAAGGCACCCAGUAAAUACUAAUUUCUUCAUCGAUGUUUCCUCAGUAUUACACCUAAAGUUGGAUUCUGAAGCAUAUAAAACACUUGGCCUCUCCAAUUGCACCGAAACUCACAAAAACAACGAUGACACAAUAGUCCUGAAAAUUGACUUGAAGGAGUUGUCUGGAUUUAGUGGACCUACGAAACGGUACAAAAAAAUCCAAAAAAGUUUAUCGCACGUGUCACCAGCUACCGUGAUUAUAUCCACAGAAAGGCUUGAUGAAAUCAAUAAAGAUGAUAUUAUGGCUGCGCUGAAAAAUAUAGGCGAUGACGUAACUGUAGAAGUACUUGUAGCAACUACAAAACAUAUAAAGAUACCCCAAAAGAUCAAGCAUCAAAGCCUAGGAAACUUGAAUUUCUAUUCUUUGUUAUCAGACAGCUGGAAAGUUGUAGGAGAUACUGAUACAGGCCAUUCUGGUUUCAAACGCAGAAAAAUCUCCUACUCUGAAAAGGAUCUCCAUCCUUCAAAACCUAAUCUAGAAAAGUUUGUUGAACACAAAAAUUCAAUAGAGAAGAUUUAUAAUACUCUUGAAAAAAAUAAAGAUGGAAGAGGCUCGCUCAUUGGAGAUCUUAUUCAUGAGUUGGAUCAAAAAAAUCUACAUGAAAAAUCCAAUCAGGAUGGUUCCUUGAACCAUCCAAUUUCUCAGUUGGUAAAAUUCAUCGAUAUGGUAAACUUAUGGACAAAGAACGAUCCCUUGGAAAAUCUCGAAACUGAAACAAAAGAUUCACUAAACUUUUACAAGAUUGAUAAUGGAAUCAUAUCAUCGGAGUACAUAUUUUGCCUAUUUAAGAAUGCAUGGUUUGCCAUUGAAUCAUUAUUCAUUACAAUUUAG